AUGACAGGAAUAGUGGUUAGAAGAGCAGCAAAGGUUGCCUUCACCCUGUUGGUCACUUUGGCCAUUACCAUCCCAUGCCUUGAAGCUGGUAUUGGUGAGCUUGAUGAGUUUUUGAAAACUCAAGCUGAGGAAGCCCACAAAAUUGCUCUGGAGUCAUAUGUCCCAACACCCCAAUUUGUCACCAAUGAACUUAAUUACCAUGUUCACUUGUCAAUGGAAAACAGCACAAGGAGAGAACUAAUGCAAGGUAAAGUCAAUAGAAAGAAGUGUGAGAGUACAAACCCUAUUGACAAUUGUUGGAGGUGCCGCAGACACUGGGCCAGUGACCGAUACCAAUUAGCAAAAUGUGGAAAAGGAUUCGGAAGAAGCACAGUUGGAGGACUCGGUGGGCCCAUUUAUGUCGUCACCGAUAAUUCUGAUGAUGACAUGGUGGACCCUAGGCCAGGAACACUCCGAUUCGCAGUGACCCAACAGGGUCCCUUAUGGAUCAUCUUCGCACAUAGCAUGAUCAUCAAUUUGAAGCAAGAGUUGUUAAUUUCCUCAGACAAGACCAUCGAUGGUCGUGGAGCCAAUGUGCAAAUUAGGGACGGCGCUGGCCUCACUAUUCAAUACGUGAACAAUGUCAUUAUUCACGGGAUUCGCAUCAAGAACAUUGUGCCUAAAGAAGGUGGCUUGAUCAAGGAUUCCUACAACCACAUUUCACUGCGAACCAGAAGUGAUGGUGAUGCCAUCUCCAUUUUCGGAGCCUCCAACAUUUGGAUAGAUCAUAUUUCCCUCUCUAAUAGUGCUGAUGGUCUUGUCGACGUCAUCCAAGGCUCCACUGCCAUCACUAUCUCAAAUUGCCACAUGACCAAACAUAACAAUGUGAUGUUGUUUGGGGCUAGUGACACCUUCAAUGGAGACAAGAUCAUGCAGGUGACAGUGGCAUUCAACCACUUCGGGCAAGGACUAGUCCAGAGGAUGCCAAGGUGCAGAUGGGGAUUCUUUCAUGUUUUAAACAACGACUACACUCAUUGGAACAUGUAUGCAAUAGGUGGAAGUGCAGGACCAACAAUUUUGAGCCAAGGAAAUCGUUUCAUUGCCCCCCACAACGAUGCUGCAAAGGAGAUCACACACAGGAUCAAUGCAGAACCAGAAGUGUGGAAGAAUUGGCAAUGGCAGUCAGAUAAGGACCUUUUAAUGAACGGUGCAACCUUCAACACUUCAGGGGCACCAAUCCAGAUAAAAAACAAAAAAGGUCUCAUAAUGAAGCCAAGAGAUGGCAGACAUGCCAGUAGGCUGACACGAUAUUCUGGCGCCCUAAACUGCCGCAUUGGCAAGCCUUGCUAG